CGGAUACUUCGCCGCCCCGGCGACACGUCGCGCCACUCGAGACCGUUCCCGCACCAGUACGGCCGUGUCGUCCGCGAAAAACCGUUCGCCUGAUCCUCGAAAACCGAAUCGUUUUUCCCGUCUAAUUGUCGUUUCGACGUCCAAACGACGGUGUGUGUGUGUGUGCGUGUGCAAGGCGAAAACACGCGCGCGCGUCCUCGUCAAUUGGCCGUGCGGACCCGUACGUAUCGGUGGUUACUAGUUUUGCGCGCGUCAAGUGCUGAGCCGCGGUAGCCAGAAGACAUUUUGUCGCUAGCCGUACGCCAUUGGUGCGCGCGCCCCGCCAUCUACCGGCUUUUAAUAAGAGCAAAAUGAAAAUGGUUGUACCAAAAAUGACAUUUUCUAGAAUUAUUUUCCAAAGAGGAUUACAUGGUGCUAACAAAAAAUUAGAUAGUCUCAUAAGAGUUAAUCAUGCUGGAGAACUGGGAGCUGAUCGUAUAUAUGCAGGACAGAUGGCAGUAUUAGGAAAUAGUAGUGUAGGUCCAAAGAUUAAAGAAAUGUGGGAACAAGAAAAAUUACAUAGAAACAAGUUUGAACAGCUUAUAAUCAAAAAUAGAGCGCGACCAUCAUUGCUAUUUCCUUUAUGGCAUUGUGCUGGCUAUGUACUUGGAGCUGGUACAGCACUUAUGGGUCCUAAAGCUGCUAUGGCUUGUACUGUUGCUGUAGAAACCGUUAUUGUAGAGCAUUAUAAUGAUCAACUAAGAGAUCUGAUGGAUGAUCCCGAAGCCGAUAAAGAGCUUCUUGAAACUAUUAAAAAGUUUAGGGAUGAAGAACAAGAACAUCAUGACUGUGGUAUUGAUCACGGAGCUGAGCAAGCUCCAUGUUAUGAUUCAUUAACAAAAGUCAUUAAAACUGGUUGCAAAGUAGCUAUUGAAAUAGCAAAAAGAGUGUGAAGUUUUUGUCUAUAUGAAAUCAUAUUAUAAUUAUGAUUAAGUGUUUAAAAUAUAUAUAUAUAUAAAUGUGUUUAAAGAAUAAAUAUUUAUAUUAAUUGGUUAAAA